AUGACAGCUACGAUGAAGCCGGUGAGCAGGGUCCGGCGGCUGGGCUACGUGCUGCCAUUUUGCUUCCUGGCCCAGGUUCUCUGGGGCGUCCCAGGGGCCCGGGCCCUGAACAACGGCUUGGCGAGGACCCCUACCAUGGGCUGGCUGCACUGGGAGCGCUUCAUGUGCAAUGUGGACUGUCAAGAAGAUCCGGAUUCCUGUAUCAGCGAGAAGCUCUUCCGGCAGAUAGCUGAGCUCAUGGCCUCAGAUGGCUGGAAGGAUGCAGGUUAUGAGUACCUAUGCAUUGAUGACUGUUGGAUGGCUCCCAAAAGGGAUUCCCAAGGCAGACUUCAGGCAGACCCUAAACGCUUUCCUGGUGGGAUCCGCCGCCUAGCCGAUUAUGUCCACAGCAAAGGACUGAAGCUAGGGAUUUAUGCAGAUGUUGGAAAUAAAACCUGUGCUGGCUUCCCUGGCAGUUUUGGUUACUAUGACAUUGAUGCCAAGACCUUUGCUGAGUGGGGAGUUGAUCUGCUCAAAUUCGAUGGUUGUUACUGUGACAGUGUAAAACAUUUGGCAGACGGUUAUAAGCAAAUGUCCUUGGCCCUGAACAGGACUGGCAGAAGCAUUGUGUACUCCUGUGAGUGGCCCCUUUAUAUGCAGCCCUUUUUUAAGCCCAAUUACACCGAAAUCCGAGAGUACUGCAAUCACUGGAGAAAUUUUGCUGACAUUUAUGAUUCCUGGCAAAGUAUAAAGAAUAUUUUGGACUGGACAUCUUCUAACCAGGAGAAAAUUGUUCCUGUUGCAGGACCAGGGGGUUGGAAUGAUCCAGAUAUGCUGGUGAUUGGCAACUUUGGCCUCAGCUGGAAUCAGGAGGUAACUCAGAUGGCCCUCUGGGCUAUCAUGGCUGCUCCAUUACUCAUGUCCAAUGACCUCCGACACAUCAGCCCCAAAGCCAAAGCUCUUCUUCAGGAUAAAGAUGUAAUAGCCAUCAACCAAGACCCCCUGGGCAAGCAGGGGCACCGGCUCAGAAAGGACAACAACUUUGAAGUGUGGGAAAGGCCUCUCUUGAACUUAGCCUGGGCUGUGGCUAUGGUAAACCUGCAGGAGAUCGGUGGCCCUCGUGCUUAUACCAUCUCUCUUACUUCCCUGGGUCAAGGACUAGCCUGUAAUCCUGACUGUCUGAUCACACAACUCCUCCCUGUGAAGAGGAGGCUUGGGUUUUAUGAAUGGACUUCAAGUUUAAAAACUCAAAUAAAUCCCACAGGCACUGUUUUGCUUCGGCUAGAAAGAGCAAGCUCGACUGCAUCAAAAAGCUUCCUUUAA